GUGCUGCAUUAAUGCGAUUCUUGUCAACUUUUGCAUCGUUUCUUCCGUCAAAGUUUUGUGUUCGAUUCCUGUUUAGCAAAGUCCGGUGAGCUGGACUUCUCUUCCUUCCUGACGAUGAUGCACAGACAGAUGCAACAGGAGGACCCCAAGUCAGAGAUCCUGGAGGCCUUGAGGAUGACGGACAAGCAGAAGAAAGGAUACAUCCAGGCGUCGGAGCUGCGGGCAAAGCUCACCAUCUUGGGAGAGAAGCUCACGGACAAAGAAGUGGACGACCUCUUCAAAGAAGCCAACGUCAAGUCGAACGGGACAGUGAAUUAUGAAGAGUUCACCAAGAUGGUGACGCUGCCUCCUGUUGAUUAUUGAUUUCACUGACGAUAAACUGGAUUAAAUCUUCAUGUUCAGAACAGUAGUUGUGUGUUGGCAGAUUUGAGCCUCAUAAUAAUCUUCACUCUGUCUUUUUGCCUCAUGAUUAUUCACCGAUUAUUUAUUUUAAAUGCAGAAUCUAUUUCCUGUAACUCUUUUCCAUCAGUUUCCUCGAUGACUGAACUCUUUGUGAAGCACUACCGUUGUCCUGCAUCCUGACGAACGUGAUACGAUCUGAACUCUUAUUCUUUUGAAGGAAUCAAGUACCAUUAAAAACCAUUAAAUUCUCAGUAAACCCCUUGUCAAGUGUGAGUCCAACUACACUCAAUGAUUUGAAUUCAGUGAACAGUUUGAUGCUUUGUUUAUUUACAUGGAACGCUUGUGGGUGCUAGUGUCAUUAACUUUUUUAAUGUAUAUACAGAAUUAAUUCAUGAAUUCUUGAGGACCACGGC